AGGAAAAGAAAGACAAUGGCUCGUGCACAAGACCGCAUAUUAAGGUACAUGUUAAUGAUGAUGGAAGUUUGUGAUGCUCGUGGCUUCAUCUAUGGAGUAAUACCCCACGAGGGCAAACCAAUAAGUGGUUCAUCAGAAAAUUUACGAGGCUGGUGGAAAGAUAUAGUUAAAUUCGACAAAAACGGUCCAGCGGCAAUUGCUAAAUAUGAAGCGGAAAAUGGAAUUACAACAACAAAUUAUGAAAAGUUGAAUGGUGAAACAAUUACACUUCACUCGCUGAAUGAACUACCCGACACCAUAUUAGGUUCACUUCUCUCAUCAUUAGUGCCGCAUUGUCACCCACCACAACGGAGAUUUCCAUUGGAAAAAGGCAUUCCUCCACCAUGGUGGCCAACAGGGAAAGAAUCAUGGAGGAAUGAGAUGAGAUUUAGUGAAGAACCUGGCCUUCCCCCUUAUAGAAAGCCGCAUAAUCUAAAGAAGGUUUGGAAGGUUUAUGUUUUGGCAGCGGUUAUUAAACAUAUGUCUCCUAAUGUUCAUAAUAUUAGGAACAUAGUCAGACAAUCAAGGAGUUUACAAGAUAAACUCACUAUGAAGGAAACAUCUAUUUGGGGUGAAAUUAUUGAUCAUGAAGAAACAAUUGCAAGAAAAAUACAUCCUGAAUUUUUCUCAAGUUUUGAUUCUCAUGUUGAAGGAAGUAAUUAUUUGCUUGUCGAGGCGAAUGAUGUUGAUGUUGUGGAAGGUGGUGAGCACAAUCUAGCAAAACGAAAACUAUCAUCAUCAUCUUCACCAUCAUCAUCGUCCUCAUCGUCAUAUGAGGGUACUAACAAGAGAAAACGUAAACUUGGCAAGAGAAUUAGUACUCAUCAUAACUCUUUUCUUAACACUCAUCAACAUGCUACACCUCUUGACCAACAUGAAUUCAGCCAACAAGAGAAAAAUGUCAGGAACAAUCAUCAUUUUACUAGCACCGAAAUUGGAAGCAGCAACAACCAAUUCGAAAUGGUUGAGGUUGAAGUGUCAACAACUCAUCAAAAUGUUGCACCUCUUGCCCAACGUUUGCAAGCUGCGGUACCUGUUGCAGAUCAGAUUAUUCAUCAUACAGGUAAUUACUCAGGAGGAGGAGAAGUGGAUUCUGAUUUGAUGGACAUAUAUAAUUCAUGCAUUCAGCUGAAUAAAAACACCGUCAUGAGUACAAUGAUUCCAACUCCCGGUUAUAAUCAUAACAUGCACCAUCAAAUCUACAAUGCUAGUGUUCAACAUGCGAAGAACAACAUGAGUACUAUGAUUCCAAAUCAGGGUGUUAAUCAAAGCAUGCAACAUCAAAUCUACACCGGAAGUGUUCAACAGAACAAGAACACCAUCAUGAGUACUAUGGUUCCAACUCCUGGUGUUAAUCAAAACUUGCAUCCUCAAGUCUACACUUCAAGUGUUCAUCAACAACAGAAGAGCAACACCAUGAUGAAUACUACAAUGAUGAGUACUCCAAUGCCAGUUAUGAACAUGGUUGCAACUCCAGGAUUUAACCAAAACAUGCAGCAUCAAAUGGAUCAAAAUUUCUAUGCGCAACAAGGGGGUCCAAAUAGCUACUAUCACUGCAAAGUGCCUAAUACUGAAGUAGCUAAUGUUCCAAUGCAAGCAAAUGCCUCAAGAGAAACCUUUGAUCCAUCUUUUGAUCAUUUGAAGGCAUUCAAUUGCCAAUCUGAUGUUGAUGCUUACAACAACUAUGUGGCAUCAUCAAGUUAUAAUUGGAAUCAAUAA